UAUAAGGCCUGGUUGGAAAGCUAUUUCUUUAUUUUUGCUUUUUGCUCAGGGGUUGAUUGCAACUUCUUUCUGCAGUCUAGAAAUGCCUGUAGAUUUCAGUGGAACCUGGAACCUUGUCACCAAUGACAAUUUUGAAGGCUAUAUGGUGGCUUUAGGUAUUGAUUUUGCAACACGCAAGAUAGCAAAAAUGCUGAAGCCUCAGAAAGUGAUCAAACAGGAUGGGGACAUGUUAUCUAUCCAUACCACAAGCACAUUCAGAGACUACAUGCUCCAAUUCAAAAUUGGAGAAGAGUUUGAAGAAGACAAUAAAGGCCUGGAUAACAGGAAAUGCAAGAGCUUAGUUACCUGGGACAACGACAAACUUGUCUGUGUCCAGAUUGGUGAGAAGAAGAACAGGGGCUGGACUCACUGGCUUGAAGGAGAUGACCUCCACCUGGAGCUUCGUUGUGAGAAUCAAGUAUGUAAACAAGUAUUCAAGAGAGCUUGAAUAUGAGUGUUGGUCACCGUGGAAAGACAGCUAUAUACAGGAGGCCAUGCAUCCUCAUGUCCAGUGAUAGCUGUACAGACAAGAAUCGAUUCCUUCUACCUGUUAAUCUAAAUGAUACGAUGUUUCUGGCUCAGGAAAUGCUGUCUGUUAGCCAUGUUAAAUAUCUGAUUUUUGCUAAUAAACACCAAAAACAAUCUUAA